UGGUGCAUUCCACGCCCUUGUGCACCCCCAUUAAAGGGGCAUUGCAUCGCAACCUCAAACUUUGUCAGACCCCUUUGUGCAGUGCUGCGGCCUUUCCCCUCUCCCCCACGGACUGUAGCAGACUGACAACUGACUUUUCAUUAUUUCUAAAUUAAUGGAUGUAGCUAAAUACUUUUUUGUUUGUUUGUUUGGAUGGGAGUUUUAGGACAGAAGGAAAUUAGAACCCAAUGACUGAAGUACUAGAUUGGGCCAAAAUGUUCAGCUGGACAAAUUUCCUUUCUCUGGCAGAUACCAGUAAUUCAUGAUUAGGAAAGGAGUAGAAGGACAAAACAAUUGUACUGAUCCUUCCCCUGUUAUCUUCUCUUGGAAAUUACAGAUUUAUCCUGCAAACUGUGGUUUUCCUAAGCAGUAGGUCGUCUCCUCAUUUAUUUGGUGCUGUUGUUUACAAGUCCUGAAGAUUCUCCCCCACGUACACACACUGUAAAUUUGUCUUUCUCUUUUUCAAACCCACAUGGGCUUCAGUGUCUGCAUCAUCCUGUGGCAAUGACUUCUGCCACAGUGUGGAAGGAGUGCUUUGUCUCACUUGAUUUUUAAAUUUGUGACCUGAUGGUUCUCCCUGUUGCCUCCUGUUUCUUGUACCAUGAGAAAUAACAAAUGGUCUUUCCGAUUUCACUGUCUUUGUACUGAAGCCUUUCCAAUGUUGAAUAAAGAGAAUAAUUGUUUACUCCGGAUGUCCUCCUUAACCCUAUUGUUGAAAGACAGUAAAAUAUUGACAGCUCUCACACAUGUCAACUUCUACCAAAAGACUUCUGCUUAUCCCUAUGUCAGUUUACACAGUUGUUGCCUCAGAAUCUCCAUGUGGUCUCCUUCUCUUCCAUCCUAUUGCCUGGCACACUGUUGUUUAUUUGCAUUUGACUUUUUUUUUUUUUUCAUUUAUAAAGUAGGGGUUUUACGCUUGCUUUAACUGAAUCCCCAUUUCUGUCUUUUUUUCCAAUCUCACUGAGAACAUAUGAUUUACUCCCAUGAGGAGCCUAGAAAUGUCAGGAGGUGACAUCUGUAGCAAUUGCUACAGGUACUUCCCUUUCCACCAAUGGCUGCAGCUAAGGAUGGCCAAUGGAUUUCCAGGUAUGCAGAAGAACUGGCUACUACAAGGGUCCUCAAGCACAGCUCUGAGUCUGCUAAUGGAAAAUGUGGUGAAAACCUAGCAUGGGCAUCCUAUGACCAGUCAGGAAAGGAUGUGGCUGACAGAUGGUACAGUGAAAUAAAAAAUUACAGCUUUCAAAACCCAGGGUUUUCUUCUGGGACAGGUCACUUCACAGCAAUGGUUUGGAAGAAUACAAAAAAGAUGGGAGUUGGAAAAGCAUCUGCUAGUGAUGGCUCAACGUUUGUGGUGGCUAGAUAUGAUCCAGCUGGAAAUGUAGUAAAUCCAGGCUAUUAUGAAGAAAAUGUCCUUCCUCCAAGAAAGUAACUUUUUUUUUUAAGGUCAUCUUAUUGCUUAACGACAAGUGAACCUGGAUUUGGACCUAACAGUGUUUGAAAUGAAGCACUAUUCAAUGAAAUUUCCUGUUUGAUACUGCUGUUCACUUCUCAUUACAGAGAAAGCAAUUACAUGUUGCUUGAGUCAAUGUGCACAUUAAGUCCCUAUUGCUUCUGAGGAGGCCUCAGUUUAUUUGAUGAUGAAGUAUAUGCAGCAUUUCUGAAGGGUAAAAUUUAUGGUGGUUUUUUUUUUUUAAUAGUUUGCAUGAACUCCAUGUCAGCAUGUGAGUAGGCACAUGUUGGAUGUCUUUAUUUUUUUUAAACAAGAAAUUUAUAGCCUUCUGUAUACUGAAGAUACCAGCUUGUAAUUAUAUGAUUACUCUCAAUAUUUAUGAAUUAUAUGAAUACUCUCAGUUUUCCAGUAUUUUUUAAUAACUGUAACUUCUUUCCUCUGUCUUUACCUCCUGCUACUAUGGGACCUUUUCUCUGCAGGUGGAACAUAUGCAGACUUCCUGUAUGAAAGGUAUACGUGUAAAAUGUAGUGGCAUUCAGACCUGUGUGUUUUGAUUAAGAGGAUCUCACAGAACACUAAAAGGUUGCUGAGAAAUUUUAUCCGUCAAGCAAACCAUAAUUAAUGCAUGAACUGAAAUCGACCAAAAUUGUUUAAAUCCCAUUUUAGGUGCUAAUAUAUAAAAUAUGUUUAAGAUGAGUGUACUUCAGAUUCAAAGUCCACCUUACAGUUUACAGUAUGUACCUUGUCUUAUAAUCAAAUUGUUUACUUCUGUUACAGAAAAGUAAGAUUCUACUUUUUGAUAUUUACACCAAAAAAAAAGUUUCUUUGACAGUGCACUUUGGAUUUUAUUUCUCAGUAACUUAUUUUUAUUUCCUAAGGAACAUUUUUCACAGCUGUCAUGCUUUACAGACAAUAACAUUCUCAAAUCAUCUCGUCUCCUUUAAUAAUGUCACAGUAGGAGGUAUUCACAUGGUUAUAAUUAAGAGAUGUUUGCUCUUUGUGCAUAUCAUUCAAUAAUAGCGAUAUUUCACAUGCUGGAUUGAUGCUAUAAAAAAAAAUGAAGACUUAAUUUCCUUAAUAACAAGCCAAGCAAAAAUGCCGAGGACACUAUUUUCUCUGAUUAAAUGUGGAUUGGGCCGUUUUGGCCAGGUUCCUACACACCGCUUCAAUUUGUUGUUUGUUUUUUUCUCUUUAAAUGUUUCUUUUGACUUUUGCUAAGAUUCUGUAUGCCAUAAUUUGGUUCAUGAAGAGUGCCAUUACAGAAAUACUUCUUUUUGUUUACACAGUUAUAAUAAACUGCACUGUUAUGGCUUGAUUAUACGUCACUGUGAUGCUGUUUGUUACAAUUUUUUGUUGUAACCAAGACUUUAAUACAUACCAUGAACAACUGAAAAAUAAAUAUUUUUGCAUAUGAACUACUCAA